AUGGACGGGAUCUCGUGGAGGUGCUCGGAUUGUCGCGGUGUUGACGCCAACACUCGCGGCUCGCUUGUCUCGGCGGUCGGCGGUCCCUCGCCGCCGACUACGCGAUCUUUCGCGGCGGCGAGGGAAAAUGCUGGUCGUGGAGAUUUGAUCGCUGCACUGGACGGUAUACAUUCAGAACUCAAAGCAAUUAAAGAUCAGCAAUCGCUUUUCUCGAGUUCUAUCAAUUUUUGUUCAGACAAAAUCUCUGAUUUUGAGGACAAACUGAACCGGAUUAAUGAAUGGAUGCGGGCAACAGAUAGAAUUCUCAGACAAAACGCAGAUAUUAAGGCCAGCGUCUCUUCCUUGGACUCCAGACUGAGUGAAUUGGAGCAAUCUGCUCGUUCGAGGAAUAUAGAAAUUCAGGGAAUUCUGGAAAAGUCCAAUGAGAACUUAAUCGAAGUUGUAAAGAAAAUUGCAGAAUACAUUGACAUCGAUGUAAACCAAAACGAGAUUGAACAUGUACACCGAAUCAAACCUAAACAAUCUGAUAAAACUAAAAUAAAGAGUAUUAUAGUGGAAUUCCGCAGUAGAAAAAUAAAAGAGGACUUUCUGGCAAAAUCGAAACAGAGACGAAUGAGGGGGGACAAAGGAUCUUCUAAAAUGAAUAUACCUGGUCUGUCUGAAUGCUUCUUUGUCAAUGAACAUCUCACCUUGGCGAAUAAAAUUCUCUAUAAAGAAGCAAGAUCUGUAGCUAAGACGAAACUCUUCAAAUAUGUUUGGGUCAAAAAUGGUAUGAUCUUUCUGCGGCAGGAUGACUCAUCCCGCAUUAUUCAUGUGAAGUCCUUGAAUGCUCUUGGCGACCUAUAA